AUGACAGUAGAGAAGAAGAUAUUUGUGUUUGACUUAAAUGGAACACUUUUAAGCAGAGUGAAAGAGAACAAAGGCACAUACUUAGAUAAGAAGAAGCCAGAUGCAAUAAUACCAGGACGAGGUGACCUGAUAUAUUUACGGCCACAUUUAGACAAAUUAAUUAAUUACUUGCAUGAAAAUGAUAUAACGUACAUGCUAUGGACAACAGCCAUGGAGCAUAAUGGUAUUCACCUGACAAAUUUAUUAGAGAGUAAGGGUAUGACAAGAGCAAUUCAUAAAUAUUACCAUGCACAUGCAACAAAACUAGAUGAAAACUCUUAUAAGAGAGGUAAGGACAUGAACAAAAUAGCAGAACUAGAGAAUGUCUCUGUUAAGAAUGUCUUCUUAAUCGAUGAUGAAAUUAUCAAGUGUAUCCCAGAGUCCUCAUAUAUUCCCAUAGAAGAAUACCAGGCAAUGAACGAAGAGGAUGAUGCCCUUAUAAGGAUAAUUGAAAGAAUUAAGAUUUGCAACGGAAAUUAG